AUGGUCCCCUGCAGGGUGUUCCCCUAUGCCGUUCUGUUCAUCAAGCAGAUUGGGAGACCUGCAGCCAUCACGGUGGGCACCUCUGCCAGGGUGGGCUGGGACUCAGGACCCUCGCCCACUGGGGUCACUUUGGUCCCCUCAAAAACCGUGCACUCUCUGUCUCCCUGCCAGGCCUACCUACGAGCGGUCGAUGUGAAGAUCCUGCAGCAGCUGGUGGUGGUGAACGAGGGCAUCGAGGCAGUGAAGUGGCUGCUGGAGGAGAGGAGCACCAACGACAGGCUGGACAGCAUCUCCGUCGGUAGCUACCUGGACACAUUGGCUGAUGACAUGGAUGAGUAUUCCCAAAACGCCGCUGAAACUGCCGCCGCAUCUGCGACGGGCAGAGCCCUGGUCAGGGCAGAGCAGGAUUGGGUCAGGAUCGACCCUGAGAGGGGUCUUGCAAAGCAAGAGAAGGGCAAAGCAGAGCAUGAGUGGCCCCACGUGGACCUCUCCCCACCUGGGCUGCCCCAGGAUCACCGGUUUGCUAAAGAGCCCCAGGUGGCCAACGGGUAUUUGGGCCAGCAGCCCUCCUCUCUGGAACCAGGCAGAGACACCAAAUUGCCGUCAGGAGCCGGGGAGAGGCUGGGGAAGGGGAACCCGGGCGGGAAGGCUCGGAAAGCCGAGGCUGACUUUGAGAACUGCAAACUCAACAGCAAACUGCACCUGGAGUACGAUGCCCACUGGCGCUGGCUCCAGUCUCAGGACGAUGUGACGUUCUUGUAGCCCAUGGCUUUGCCUUCCCAGUCCAGCUCUCCCAUCUGCCUGCCCCGCUUCACUUGUCUCUGCUUGGGAGAGUUGGGGUGGCUGGAGAGGGGGAGACAGGUUGGCUUGGUGGUGUUGCACUGUUCCUCUGACCCUCCUGUCAGUGUUCGGUGAUGCAGCCCUAAGGGACGGGGUGCUUGCCCCGUGGCAAAUUUCUGGGAGAGGCGGGAUGAGGUGGGUCCCUGUAAAUUUAAUCCUUUGCUCUGGGGUGGUGCUUGCAGGUGGCUGGUCGCUCCUCUGUUGUGUGUUGAUGUUGGUGGCAGGGAAGUGUUGGUGGGGAGACUUGGGACAGCAGGACUUCUGGGACCUUUCUCUGCCUCCACUUCUGCCCUCUAAUCCUCAGCUUCCCAUCUGCAAAAACUGGGGACCCUUCCUCCAAACCAGCUACCCAGGGAGGACAGGAGAUGCUCCCAUGCAUCCACAGCUCAGUGGCACCAGCUUGUGAGGUGCAAGGUACGGGGCAGGACCAUCAGCAGGGCAUCCCUGCUGGAUGUGCUCAUCUCCACCAUCGUCUUCAAGGCCAGUGUCCAUCCAGGGUGGAGUUGACCUGGGGCACCUGGGGUUUGGCCACAGCACACGGUGGAUGCUAAACCCCGCUUCCUGGUGGGUGAAGCCCUGCCUGGUUUAAAAGCCUCUGUGAAACUGAUCUGAAGUGUGAUCAGGGCGGUCACUGUAGCUGCUCCUGUUGGGCUGGGGAGCCUUCGUCCAUACCCUGGGGAGGAAGGAUGAUGGUGCAGACAUGAGAAGGGCAAAACACUGGGUGGGAGAUGGAGAUCCAGUUCUCCCAAUUUGUUUCUGGACUGGCUCUCACCUUGGGACCAGGUCCUGCAGAAAGCCCGGGACGUGGCAGUGUACGGGCAGCCUGGCAAAGCCUGCAGGGCUCAGGCUCACAAAGGCUCGUGCCUGAUGCAGCGUGAUGGGGGUGAUGGCUGGGAUUCUCCAUCUGUGUGUUGAAUGGUGCCAGGUCUCUGCCCCCUACCAGCAAACAGACACAUGAGGCUCCUCUACUGGGAUGGAUUUGCAGCGACCCUCCCCUCGAGACAUCUCCUCUGUCCUUUUAGCCUUGGCUUCUGCCUGUGCCUUUUACUGUCCACCCACCAUGCCUCCCAACACCCCCGUCGCCCCUCGCUGGCUUGUAGAGCAUGGCUUGCAGCUGGAGCUGUGUGCGAGCUUGGGCAGGACCUGUUCCCUUCACUGGGAAGGACCUGGGCAUCCUGCAGCCCCUUGCUUCAAGGAGAGGGGCUCUUCCACACGUGUGGACAAGCCUGGAGGGUCCUGGCUUCACAACCCACGGGUGCAUCUGUCCCCAGGCGAGUGCUGUGAGCGCUUUGCUUUCACCACAGUGCUGUCGCCCCCCCCUGCCUGCAUGGGUCGCAGCCUGGCUCUUUCCUUGCUGGGGUGGUGGGAUUGGAGACAACACCUUCUGAUGUCAAUGGGAAGCCAAGAGAGAGGGAAGACCUGGCUGUGACUAUUUCUAGAUGCAAGCUGACUGUGGUUAUGAAGGUGGUCAGGUGUACAAUGGGUUCAGCUUUGUGUCUGUGAAGUGGCACCUUCAGUGGAAACCGCCCUCUGUGCCGAGACUGCCCGAGCACUCUCCCUUCCCCCUGCAGAUCCUCAGGGCUUCCCUGGAUGGACAUGGAGAGCAGAACAACGUCCAAAAUUCCCGGAGACGGCACUUGUCGAGGACUUGGGGGAAUCCCAGCAAACUGGGACCAGGCUGCCCUGCAUGAGCAUC